CAAUCUCCGGCUUGCAGCUGCGUUUGGUUCGGCACAGCAGGGGCUUCGGCAACCGCAGCGGUUCGGGUCAAGCUGAGAACAGUUGCCUCCCCCGGCAGGGGGCGUAAGCAGGACGUCUAACCCUCAAUGUUCUUCAGGGAGCGGGGGCUGGAAGGGCAUUCUUGCCCAAGUCCCAAGUCGAUUUAAAGACUCAUGAUCCUGCAGGCUCGCCGUAGACAUGCAUUUGCAUCUCGUCACCGGCACCUCUUUUUCCACCGCCGCAGAAGUCACAAGUGCCACGUGUGUCAGUACCGUGUAAUACCGAGCGCAACGUCUCUUCACCUUGGCAGACAAUGCGCAGCAACGGGAUGCGUGCAGGCGUGGGCUUCGCGGCCGCGCUCUUGGCCCGGGGGGGCGCGGCGAGUGUGAGCUGCUGCAACCAGACCGUCUCUCGGGACGUCGUCGUUGUGGGCGGCGGUGCGGCCGGCGCUCAUGCCGCCGUGUGGUUGCGCGACCACGGCCAUAGCGUAGUCGUCGUGGAAAAGGCCAGCCAGCUUGGCGGCCACACGGCUUACUAUCACGACCCUGUCUCUGGCAAGUCCAUCAACGUGGGCGUCCAGGCGUGGAUGGAGUACAAGGACACGUUCGACUUCCCCAAGCGCAUGAACGUGUCCACCAGCGGCGCGAUGCAGUUCACCACCCUCGACUACAACUACGUCGACUUCAAGACGGGCCAGCCUGUCGACGGCUGGGUGGCUCCCACGCCCGAUGCCAUGUACCCGGCCCUGCAGAGGUACUUGGACGUCAUGGAAAAGUACGAGGACAUCACCCUCCCCGGCUUCGACAACUUCCCCGAGCCCGGGUCCAUCCCGGAGGACCUCGCCAUGCCUUUCGGCGAGUUCGUCGAGAAGUACGACAUCGCCGCCGCCGUCCCGCAGAUAUGGGACUCGACCGCCAUGGGCCUGGGCAACACGAUGGACGUGCCGACCUUUUUCGUGACGCAGGCCUCCGGGGUCCCGAUGGUCCGCGCCCUGCUCGGCACCGCCGCCGCCGCGACCCCCGCGUCGGGCCGCCUGUACGAGCUGUAUGAGAGCGUCGCCGAAUUCCUGGGCGACGACGUCCUCUACUCGAGCACGGUCGUCUCGACCAUCCGGCGGGACGACGAGGGCGUCUCGCUGAAGGUGCACGGCGCGGACGGCAGGCUGACAUGCAUCGACGCCAAGCGCCUCCUCGUCGCCUUCGAGCCCACCACCGAGAGCCUGGCCCCGUUCAAGACGGACGAGGCGGAGGAGGAGGUCUUUGACAAGUUCGGCUUCGCCACCGUCUACGCCGGGAUCCUCCGCCACCCGUCGCUGCAGCCCGGGGCUGCCUACUCCAACAGGUCGCCCACGCCCGGGUCGACCAACUACACCGUCUUCCCCCUCGCCUCGCAGGUCGGCAGCAUCGCCUACAUCGGCGGCACCAGGGAUCUGUUCCAGUUCACGGCCGUCGGCACCGAGGAGGACACGGCCGAGAGCAUCAAGGCCCUCAUCGCACGGUCCAUCGACACCAUGAUCGACGCCGGCACCGUUCCCACGUCCAACGGCACCGUCACCUUUCCGGCCUUUGCGAACCACGGCAAGAUGCACCCCCGCGUGACAGGCGACGAGCUCCGCGCAGGGUUCCUUCGGAAGCAGACUGCCCUCCAGGGACAUCGCUCCACCUGGUACACGGGUGCCGCUUUCUCCGCCGGGUUCUCAACUGUCUUGUGGGACUACAACAACGAGCUGUUGCCGAGAUUGGUCGAAGAGAUUUAAAGAGGGGAGGUUGCUGCUUGUAAUUACAGGAGGAUGUCUAUCUUAGGCUUUACAAACUUUAGAAGAAAAUAAAACAC